AUGGUACCCCUGAAAAGCCAGGCAGCCACUCCUUCUCCGGCGUUCCAGCCCGCCGGAUUUCCUGGUGGUCACUUGCCGCGCUCGCCGCAUCGACCAGCAACCGUGCCUGGCACUUCUGGGCGGGCAUUGCGGAUUGGCGGUUCCCUCGUUUGGUCUGUGACGAUAGAGAUCUCUUGGUAUCAGUAUGGGGGAGUGCUUGCGAUCGGAGUGGAUGGCGAAGGCGACUGCAUUGAUGUGCUCGUCGCCGAUUGCUACCUCACCGCCCCCGUUCACGAGUAUGAGCUCUACCAAGCAGAUCCAAGAGAAGUAUUAGGAGAGCGGGUUGUGCCAGAAGUGAUCCUCUCUCGUCAGCCUCCAGGUUCUCGAACUCGGGAUACGCUCAUGUCUUGGGUUUUCUUUUCCGGAGAUGGUCUUGCCCCAUGCGGCGGCGUCGGCGUUACCGGAGACGUUCGUUCGGAUCUUGGUCGCUACUGGUGCCUUCGCGUCUCCAGGUAUAUGAGUAAACCAGCCCUCGGGUCGGAUCCCUGGAUUCGACUCUACGGAGUACGGAGUACAGUACCAAACAUCGCAGAGGAACCCCAGCCUACAAACUGGCGCAUGAGCUGA